AUGGCCUCCUCACCCAUGCUCAUUGGCCUGACCACAUUUCUCCUCCUCACCGCGUCCGCCCUCUUCGACCAAGCCGAGUCCAAGGUGGCUCCCGGUCCUAAGCCGGCGCCGCUCAACCUCACCGGCAUUCUCGAGAAGGGCGGGCAGUACGGCACCUUCCUUCGCUUGCUGAGAGAGACGCAGGUAGGGGAGCAGAUCGAGAGCCAGCUGAACAACUCCUUCAAUGGCCUCACCAUCUUCGUCCCCACCGACAAUGCCUUCAGCAACCUGAAAGCCGGCACGCUCAACAGCCUGACGACCCAAGAGCAGGUGUCGCUGGUCCUCUACCACGUCCUCCCGAGGUACUACAGCCCAACCACCUUCGAGACCACGAGCAACCCGGUGAACACGCAGGCAUCGGGGAGGAGCGGCGUCUACACCGUCAACAUCACCAGCACCAGCAACCAGGUGAACGUGUCCACCGGGGUCAACGAGACGCCCAUCAACACCAACCUCUACUUGGAAUUCCCGUUGGCGGUGUUCUCGGUGGACAAGGUGUUGCUGCCCGCCGAGCUCUUCGGGGCUAAACCUCCCGCGUCAUCACCGUCUCCGGCGGCGACUCCGGUGAAGCCUAAGAAGAGUGCUCCGGCAGCUGACGGGCCUUCCGCGAGCGCCGACACAGCGCCUUCUGCGGCUACUCGCAAGGGAAGGAGCGUGGAACGGGUCCUGCUUCUGGGGAUCGGGUUGGCGUGCGUUGGGAGUCUUCUCUAG